AUGUGGCAGGACCCUGGAGUCCUGGCGCCACUGCUCCUGGCCUCAGAGAAGGUGGCGGUGGACAGCAGAGCUCCCGGGUCCCCCAACAACACCCACUCCUCCAGCAGUGCUCCCCUGGGGCCUCCCUCCAGCGGCUUCUUCCCCACCCUGCAGACCCUCCUCCCGGCCGAGUCUCCCCUCCGCCCAUCCCCAGCUCCUCCCAGCCAGGGCUGCUCGGAGGGGGCGGCACGGGGCGGAGCCUGGCCGCUCGAGGACUCGGAGGAGCUGGACGGGCGCGCUCGGCUCGGGCUCCGGCUCCGGCUCCGGCUCGGGACGCUUCGGGCUCGGGCUCCGGCGCCCACGACGAUGGGACCCGGGCGGGCAGCCCCGCGCAGCCCCGGCCGGCUUCGGCCUCUGCUGGGCGUCCAGCUCGUCCUGCUGCUGCUGCAGCUGCUAGCCGGAGUUCUUGGCGGCCCGAGCUGGGAGUUGAGUUGUCUGUCGGGGCCCCUGGCAGAUAUGGGGGGCAGAGUUUUCUCCCACCCGGACAGAAACGAUCUCCCGCCCUUGCACCCCACUCUGCACACACACACACAAUCCCACGGCGGGGUGCAUUCGCUGGCCAGCCGUGCCCAGGUGAGCGAGGGCGGCCUGGGCCUGAUGCCGAGCUUUGUUAGCCGACCAAGCCGCCGCUGCUGCUGCUCCCCCGAGCCGCUGCCCAAAUCGGGCAUGGCUGGCCUGGCCUGCCAAGGUGUGGAACGGGUUGGGGCCCCUAGUCCCCUCACCCUCUCCCUAAAGCCUCCCUCGCUUAUUUGCCAGGAGGUGGACAUGGGCAGAACUUCUGGUUUCUUCGACCGGACUCUGUCCAUAUGCGCCCAUGGCUCCAUCGUCUUCAUCAAGGAGCCAUCCUCCCAGGACGCGUUGCAGGGACGCCGGGCUCUGCUCCGCUGCGAGGUGGAGGCCCCGGGCCCCAUACACGUGUACUGGCUGCUGGAUGGGGUCCAGGUACACGACACUGAGCGCCGCUUCGCCCAGGGCAGCAGCCUGAGCUUUACAGCUGUGGACCGUCUGCAGGACUCAGGAACCUUCCAGUGCGUGGCUCGGGAUAAUAGCACCGGAGAGGAGGCCCGCAGUGCCAAUGCCACCUUCAACAUCAAGUGGAUCGAGGCAGGACCUGUGGUCCUCAAGCACCCAGCCUCAGUCUCUGAGAUCCAGCCCCAGACGCAGGUCAUGCUCCGAUGCCACAUAGACGGACACCCUCGACCCACCUACCAGUGGUUCCGCGAUGGGCUUCCCCUCUCCGACGGGCAGAGCAACCACACGGUCAGUAGCAAGGAGCGGAACCUGACCCUGCAGCCGGCAGGCCCCGAGCACAGCGGCAUCUAUUCCUGCUGUGCCCACAACGCCUUCGGCCAGACCUGCAGCACGCAGAACUUCACCCUGACCAUCGCAGAUGAGAGCUUUCCCAGGGUGGUAUUGGCACCGCAGGACGUGGUGGUGGCGAGGAACGAGGAGGCCAUGUUCCACUGUCAGUUCUCGGCCCAGCCCAGCCCAAGCCUUCAGUGGUUCUUCGAGGAUGAUACUGCCAUCACGAACCGGAGUCGCCCUCAACAGCUCCGCAAAGCCACUGUGUUUGCCAACGGCUCUCUGCUGCUGACCCAGGUCCGGUUGCGCAAUGCUGGGGUCUACCGCUGCGUGGGCCAGGGCCAGAGGGGCCCGCCCGUCGUGCUGGAGGCUAAGCUGCACUUGGCAGAGAUCGGUGACAUGCCCCCCUUCGAGCCACGUGUGUUCACGGCCGGCAGUGAGGAACGUGUGGCCUGCCCGGUCCCGCAUGGCGUGCCAGAGCCCCGGGUGUGGUGGGAGCAUGCGGGGGCCCAGCUGCCCACCCACGGCACAGUCUACCAGCAGGACCACGAGCUGGUAUUCAGCAGCACGGCCGAGAGUGACGCCGGCAUCUACACCUGCCACGCAGCCAACCUGGCUGGCCAGCGGCGACAGGACAUGAACGUCACGGUGGCCACUGUGCCCACGUGGCUGCGGAAGCCUCAGGACAGCCAGCUGGAGGAGGGCAAGCCGGGUUACCUGCAUUGCCUGACACAGGCCACCCCCAAACCCACCAUCAUGUGGUACAGAAACCAGAUACCCAUCUCCGAGGACUCGCGGUUCGAGGUCUCCAAGAAUGGCACACUACGCAUCAACAGCGUGGAGGUGUAUGACGGUACAUGGUACCGCUGUGUGAGCAGCACUCCAGCCGGCAGCAUCGAGGCACAGGCCCGGGUCCAAGUGCUGGAAAAGCUCAAGUUUACACCACCACCUCGGCCGCAGCAAUGCAUGGAGUUCGACAAGGAGGCCACAGUGGCCUGUUCAGCCACUGGCCGGGAGAAGCCCACUAUCAAGUGGAUACGGGCAGAUGGGAGCAACCUGCCAGAGUGGGUGACAGACAACGCUGGGACCCUGCACUUCUCCAAGGUGACCCGUGAUGAUGCUGGCAACUACACUUGCAUCGCCUCAAAUGGACUGCAGGGCCAGAUCCGAGCCCACGUCCAGCUCACCGUGGCAGUUUUCAUCACCUUCAAGGUGAAGCCGGAGCGCACGACCGUGUAUCCGGGCCACACGGCCCUGCUGCGGUGCGAAGCCCAGGGGGAUCCCACGCCGCUCAUUCAAUGGAAGGGCAAAGACCGCAUCCUGGACCCCACCAAACUGGGACCCAGGAUGCACAUCUUCCAGAAUGGCUCCCUGGUCAUCCACGAUGUGGCACCCGAAGACUCAGGCCACUACACCUGCAUUGCUGGCAACAGUUGCAACAUCGAGCACACGGAGGCACCCCUCUACGUCGUGGAGAAGCCCCUGCCGGAGGAAGGGACAGAAGGCUCAGGAAGCCCUCCCCCCUACAAGAUGAUCCAGACCAUUGGGCUGUCGGUGGGUGCUGCAGUGGCCUACAUCAUUGCCGUGCUGGGCCUCAUGUUCUACUGCAAGAAACGCUGCAAAGCCAAAAGACUGCAAAAGCAGCCAGAGGGCGAGGAGCCAGAGAUGGAGUGCCUCAAUGGUGGACCUUUGCAGAACGGGCAGCCCUCAGCAGAGAUUCAAGAAGAAGUGGCCCUGACCAGUUUGGGCUCUGGCUCAGCGGCCACCAACAAGCGGCACAGCACAAGUGACAAGCUGCACUUCCCACGGGCCAGCCUGCAGCACAUCACCACUCUGGGGAAGAGUGAAUUCGGGGAGGUGUUCCUGGCCAAGGCACAGGGCCUGGAGGAGGGGGUGGCCGAGACGCUGGUGCUGGUGAAGAGUCUGCAGAGCCGGGAUGAGCAGCAGCAGCUGGACUUCCGGAGGGAGCUGGAGAUGUUCGGGAAGCUGAACCAUGCCAACGUAGUGAGGCUGCUGGCACUGUGCCGAGAGGCCGAGCCCCACUACAUGGUGCUGGAGUAUGUGGACUUGGGCGAUCUCAAACAGUUCCUGAGGAUUUCCAAGAGCAAGGAUGAAAAACUGAAAUCACAGCCCCUGAGCACCAAACAAAAGGUGGCGCUGUGCACCCAGGUAGCACUGGGCAUGGAGCACCUGUCCAACAAUCGCUUUGUGCACAAGGACUUGGCUGCUCGAAACUGCCUGGUCAGUGCCCAGAGGCAGGUGAAGGUGUCGGCCCUGGGGCUCAGCAAGGACGUGUACAACAGCGAGUACUACCACUUCCGCCAGGCCUGGGUGCCCCUGCGCUGGAUGGCCCCCGAGGCCAUUCUGGAGGGUGACUUCUCCACCAAGUCUGAUGUCUGGGCCUUCGGGGUGCUGAUGUGGGAAGUGUUUACCCACGGAGAGAUGCCUCAUGGCGGGCAGGCGGAUGAUGAAGUCCUGGCAGAUCUGCAGGCCGGGAAAGCGAGGCUCCCACAGCCCGAAGGCUGCCCCUCCAAGCUCUAUCGGCUGAUGCAGCGCUGCUGGGCCUUCAGCCCCAAGGACCGGCCCUCCUUCAGCGAGAUCGCCAACACCCUGGGGGACAGCCCGGCCGACAGCAAGCCUUGAGGGGGAGCCCUGGCCAGGAGCAUGGCGCCUGGUGGGAGACCUUCUAAGGCACCCUCUGGAGCAUGCUGGGCCAGAUCCCUCCAGUUCUCUCUCUGACCCUUGGUGGGGAGGGGGGGGCCCCAUCGCCACCACAGGCACUGCUGAGGUCCUACCCCUCGGCCCUGGGGGAGGUGGAUUUGGAUCCAGACUGGGCAGCUAAGGCAGUUUCUCUGCCUCCCGUUCCCUCCAUCAGGGUAAGUGGGGUGCCUCAGGUAACCCCAGUUUCUGGCCUAGGUCUCUUUAACCUGGACCAGAUCCAGUUCUGCAUCUCACUCACCUGCCAAUUUUCCCAGGGGAAGGUGAGACUGGAGGAGACCCAAUGGGGUUUAUCUGUCCAGGGGAUCCCCUUGAUCUUAGCGAGGUCUUGGAGGUCAGCCUGGCCUUGUGUGCUCACCCCACCUUCCUCCCAUCCUCCCCUCCCCUCUUCCCAAGUGCCUGGCAGAUGAAGGAGUUUUCAGGAGCUUUUGACACUAUAUAAUCCGCCCUUUUUUGUAUGCACCUGGGCGGCUUUUAUAUGU